AUGGUGACAUUGUGCUUCUGCUUAGCACUUACCUUGUGCGUCACGGUGGGAUUCUCAACAACCAUCCAGAGUCCUGAUGGCGAUAUAGUCGACUGCACAGACAUUUUAGCUCAGCCGGCAUUCCGUCAUCCUCUCCUCAAAGAUCACAAGCUUCAGGAGACACCAAAAAAUCUUCCUAAUUUAGCCAAAGAUCGAGAUGAGCUUACCUGGCAGACGUGGCACCGUAGCGGGUCGACAUGUCCCGAGGGGACGAUUCCGAUACGGAGGGAGGUAGGACACGAGAACGGGACUACGAAUUCUCGGGCUGGAGCAGAAGUCACCCAAGGACACGAGUACGCUAUCGGGUAUUUGAACAGCACCAUGCAAAUUUACGGAACAAAGGUCACAAUGAGUGUCGGUCACCCUAAAGUAGAUCAAGUCCGCGAGUUCAGUCUAGGCCAGCUCUGGCUAGUCGCAGGUUCUUAUAAAAAAGGUGAUUUGAACUCCAUCGAAGCCGGAUGGCAGGUUUUCCCCGGGCUAUAUUCGGAUUUCCAGCCGAGAUUUUUUAUUUUCUGGACGAGAGAUGCAUACACCCGCUAUAGGUGUUACAAUCUUCAAUGCGCUGGUUUUGUACAAACCAGUGGCACUGUCCUCAUCGAAGGCGCUAUUUCUCUUAUGUCUCCCCAAAUCACAAUCCAAAUUUGGAAAGAUCCGCAUCUCGGACAUUGGUGGUUGUCUAUCGGUUCGGCCAAUGAUACUGUACUUACGCCAGUUGGCUAUUGGCCGACCGAAAUCUUUACUUGCCUCAGCGACUAUGCAGAGAGGGUGCAGUGGGGCGGUGAGAUAGUAAACACCAACUUCUCUGGUCGACACACGACUACUCAGAUGGGAUCUGGGUAUCUUCCGAGCAGUGCCAAAGCUGCUUACAUGCGCGACUUGGAAAUCGUGACUAACAACCGCGAUUUCCAGCCGACCGACGAUCUCAUAGUGGGGACAACGAACCCCGCUUACUACGACAUCAAGAAGUCCAGCAACACAAGUUUUUCUUACGGGGGACCUAUGCAUGCGGGAGCGAUUGUGGAUUCUGAUUUUGGAUGCAGAGGAGUAUGUAAAUGA